CGACAUGUAAAACCUUAUCCAUUUGUGUCUCCAUCCUCAUUAUCCGCUUUUCCUCAUUCCCAUCGACAUUGGCAUCUUCAUCUAUCUGCUUUUUUGUUUUCUUCCUGUUGACCUAAUCAAUGGCAGCUUCUCUCUCCACCUGUUUCCAACCAAUCACCACCGUCUCCAAUAGCCGGAAUAGCCGGAUCAAACGACCGGCGGCUUCAGCCUCCGCCAAGUGGUGGAUCCCGCUAUUUGGCUGGUCAUCAGAUCCAGACUACAUUCAAAAUCCUACCGACGGAUCCAUAACGGAAAGCUCGGAUCCAGAUAACGGUAGAUCACGAUUUGCUCCUGGAUGCUUCACGGAGGAAAAAGCCAAACAGCUGCGGAUGAAGACUACUGAAAUGGCUAACUUCCAUGACAUCAUGUACCACUCCGCCAUCGCAUCUCGCCUUGCUUCCGAUGUCUCCGACCGUCACGACCGGUGAUAUCACCACCGCACUUGAUAUCAGGACAUGGUUGGUGCUGCAUCCUUCAAUUUGUCGACUUAAAUAAUCAAAUUAGUCAUGAAAACACGAUAGAUCUUAACAACUUAAGCCUCUAAAAAUAAUCUGUCUGAAUGAUUCGAUUUCAUGUUUUUGAAUAAUUUUGCACAAUUUCGAUCCCGGAUGCUUUGCCACUUUGGCUUCCAUCUCUGUGAUUGGUAUCACUAACCGUAAUCACUCA